UCCAUAUUUUUGGUGGUGUCUCAGAAAAUUCUGUCCUGGAUGGAGCCAAUUUGUGCCACAGGGGUCGCUGCUCGUUUGAGGAGCGAAUGGGAUCGAAAUGAGGGAUUGGGUCAGAACAAUAUGGCCCUGAAGUUCUUGGGCCAAGAUUUUGAAACCUUGCGUGCCCGUUGCCUUCAGAGUAGAUGUAUGUUUGAGGAUGAAACAUUCCCAGCCCAGCAGACUUCCUUAGGAUUCAAGGAGUUGGGCCCUGGCUCUGCAAAAACCAAAGGUGUUCGCUGGAUGAGGCCCACGGAGUUCUGCACUGACCCACACUUUAUUGUAGAUGGGGCCACACGCACAGACAUCUGCCAAGGAGCUCUAGGUGAUUGUUGGCUGCUGGCAGCCAUCGCGUGCCUUACCCUCAACGAACCCUUGCUCCAUCGAGUAGUGCCUCAUGGCCAGAGCUUCCAUCAGCAAUAUGCAGGAAUCUUUCACUUCCAGUUUUGGCAGUUCGGGGACUGGGUGGAUGUGGUGAUUGACGACCGGCUGCCUGUCAGAGAUGGGAAGCUGCUUUUCGUCCACUCAGCUGAGGGAGCGGAGUUCUGGAGCGCCCUGGUGGAGAAGGCAUAUGCAAAGUUGAACGGCUGCUAUGAGGCUCUAUCUGGAGGCUGCACGUCUGAGGGGUUUGAGGACUUCACCGGUGGAGUGACAGAGAUGUAUGAGCUGAAAAAAGCUCCACCCAACCUCUUCAGCAUCAUCAGAAGAGCUGUGGAGAGAGGCUCCCUGAUGGGCUGCUCCAUAGAUAUUACAAGUUUCUUUGACAUGGAGGCGAUCACCUUUAAAAAACUGGUGAAAGGCCACGCAUACUCUAUUACUGGAGUGGAAGAGGUGGAGUACAGAGGAAAGCUCACAAAGCUGUUGCGCAUCAGAAACCCUUGGGGAGAGGUGGAGUGGAUGGGACCCUGGAGUGAUGAGUCAAGGGAAUGGCGUGAAAUUGACCCGUCUGUAAGGUCCCGUCUACACAACUGCCAAGAAGAUGGAGAAUUCUGGAUGUCAUUCGGUGACUUCAUGCGAGAGUUCAGCAGACUAGAGAUCUGUAACCUGACGCCGGAUGCGCUACAGAGCAGCGAAGUAAAGAAGUGGAACACAUCCCUGUAUCCUGGAGAAUGGAGAAGAGGAAGCACUGCUGGCGGUUGCAGGAAUUAUCCAGCAACAUUUUGGAUCAAUCCCCAGUUUAAAGUAGUCUUGAAGGAACCAGAUACCGAGAGUCAAGAAGACUGCACUUUUCUCGUGGCCCUGAUGCAGAAGAAUCGCAGGAAGUUACGUCAGGAGGGAAAAGACAUGGAAACGAUUGGAUUUGCUGUUUAUGAGGUCCCUGAAGAGUAUCUGGGCCGGGUGGGUGUGCAUCUGAAGCGUGAUUUUUUCCUCACCCACACGUCCAGCGCUCGUUCUGAGCUCUUCAUCAACCUUCGAGAGGUGAGCUCGCGUUUCUGCCUGCCAGCGGGGGAAUAUAUCAUCGUCCCCUCCACCUAUGAGCCCCAGAAAGAAGGAGACUUUGUGCUGAGGGUCUUCUCUGAAAAGGCUGCUGACUCUCAGGAGCUAGAUGAUGAAAUUUCAGCAGAUGUACCCGAGGAGUCUGUGCUCCAGGAGAGUGACAUUGACGAGGGCUUCAAGGCGCUUUUCGCAAAGCUGGCAGGGCCGGAAAUGGAAAUCAAUGUGUCGAAACUCCAGAUGAUUCUGAACCGGGUUGUUGGCAAACAUAAAGAUAUAAAGACAGACGGAUUUGACAAAGAGGCAUGUCGAGCCAUGAUCAAUCUUAUGGAUACAACUGGCACUGGAAAGCUGCGACUGACAGACUUCCAUGUGCUCUGGGAGAAGGUCAAACGAUAUCUUGCAGUGUUUAGGCAGUUUGACUUGGACAAGUCGGGCACAAUGAGCUCUUAUGAAAUGCGUCUCGCGCUAGAAUCAGCAGGCUUCAAGUUGACCAACAACUUGUUCCAGCUGAUAAUCCUGCGCUACGCGAAGCCAGACCUCAAUGUGGACUUUGACAGCUUUGUGUCCUGUCUGAUCCGCCUGGAGACUAUGUUCAAAACUUUUAAAUCAAUGGGCGCUGAUGAAAAUGGAUUGGUAUCCUUCAACUUCACCCAGUGGAUCACCCUCACUAUGUUUGCUUAGAUGGAUGUUCCUCUUCCUCUGUCCUUCCUUCCUCUGCCUCCUGUAUCCUCAUUAGUAUUCACAAAGUGGGUCCCUGACUGACAAUAAGGAACUCAUACUAUCAGCUAUAUGACACGAUUCAGUUUUCAUACAGCAUGAGAGGAAAGGAAAGCAACAGCCAACCGAAUAAACUCAGAAAAAGCAGUGUUUACACUACAAUACAAGAGUCUGGGAUCAGAAAGAUUUGUAUUUUAUAUGUUAAUACUUCUAGCAGCCUUGAUUAUCCUUUUGACCCCAAACUUUUGAAUGGUAGUGUAUAUAAAGUUUACAUGCAUGCAAACAAAUAUCUGAGCGCAAGAACAGUUGAACAUAUGUCACUGUCGUGUAGAAAAGUACUGUGAAUCUGUGAAAUGGAGAGAGCGAGUGAACUGACCUUUCUCUUUGGGUCACCAUGUCACUUAUUUUACCUGUAAACCCGGAUAAUUUUUAACACUUCCAUAGACAUACAGAAGAGAAGAGCAAAUGCUUAUCUGAUAAUUAAGGAGAAGUUGCUAAGGCCCAAGGAUUGGUCAGAAUCGAGGCUUAAACGAAGAGUCAGUCAUUCACAGCUCUAUGCUGAGAUCAUCUCCUGUGACCUUUCACCCUUGUGCCUUGUUUCCUUUCAUUUGUGUGCUUUAAAAGUAGUGAACAAUAUUCCUCUUACCACACUGCCUUAGACAAACUGUUUAUGCAAUUAUUCUCAAUAUGUAUGAAAAUAAAGCCUCACAAUUGCAUUAUAAA